AUGAACCGAAGUAAUUUGUUUAUUUUACAAUGGCUUAGCUUUGUACUUCUGCUAGUCAAUUAUACUGUAGUACCGUGUUACUCUUCUGAGCUCUCAAUGGAUAUAGAUAAUUCACAAAAUGGAGAUAUAGAUAGCAAGCCAAUUAUUCGUUUGAAGCCAGGAGAAAUUCCUGAGAGACCUAGUGGUUCAACUGAAAUAGUAAAAAGGAGAUGUAAAUUUUGCAAUAAAUUUAAAAAAGAAUUAACAAUAGAUGAAUAUAUAGAUCCCUCUGGAAAACAUGUUAAAGUUAUUCUUAGGAGAAGGUAUCGUCCAAUUUUUUCAGGUUUAAGACGAUGGAGACAGAGAAAAAGUACUAGAGCAAGGGCUAGGAAGGCAUUUAAGAAUAAUAAACAAAAAUCUUUGAGUAAAAAGUUAGAAAAAAAAGCUAACAAAAAAGUUUUGUUAGGGGUUUUUAAAAGAUUUAACAAGAAAAAGUCCGAUAAAAGACAUCCUAGUCAAAAAAAUCUUCAAAGCCUUGGUAUUGAUAAGCAAGAUUUAAGUGAUGGUAGUGCAGUACCAACUGAACAUAGUAAGGAUAUUAAAUAUAGUGGAAUUAAUAAAAUGCCAGAUAUUGAAUAUAAUGAAAAUGAUAACAUAUCAAAUAUUGGAUAUAAUAAAGUUGAUACAUUAUUAAGUAAUGAAUAUAGUGAAGCUGAUACAUUAUCAAAUAGUGAAUAUAGUCAAACUGACAAAAUACCAAGUCUUGAAUAUAAUCAAAACAGUGAAGAUAUCUUUUCAAAUGAAGUUGUUACGGGUAUUAAUGGCAGUGAGUGA